UGUCAACAUGUCGCUACUGAGAAUUUGUUCCUUUUCAAGGUGUCUGAAUCGUUGCGCCUUGUUUGAAAGAUCUGUUCUCCGUGGGACUCAUGUGCACUACCCUCUGUUGGGUCCCACCGCACGGAACUACACUGUAAAACCAAUAGCAGAGACACACUUGUUUUUACAACGAAGAAAUUUCUCACCUCUAAUAACAAAGACAGAGGAUGGAAAGAAACGUGUACUGGAGCAGUCUCAACUCGUAGAUGUGCUUGAGGCCAGGAUCCAGCAACUCCAGUCUGAUAUCAUUUUAGAUGUCCAACAUGAAAAGGUGCAAUUUCUCAGAGCACCAUUAUCAGGGAGAGGGGCUCCAGGUAAGAAGGGUCCAAAAAAUACACCCAUAGAGAAGGUGGAUGUCCCUAAACCAGGACAGACUGAUUCUAAAGGAGCUAUUAAAUUCCCACCUUCUCAAGUGCAGCCUAGCCGCUGGAAGGAAAAACUUAACCAGGAGAAAAAUAAAAUUUUAACGAAACAGCAGCAUCUCCAGCAGAAAAUACAGAAAGGUGUCAAAGAAAAAGGGACACCAAAAUCUAAAGGUAGGAUAGGUAGCCCGAUGCUCCCUGGGAAAGCACUCAAAACUAUAUCCACUUCAACUGAAAAUACUGCACCCGUUACUAAAAAGAGGAAAAAUACAACAGAGUUGUCUGAUGAAGUCACGACUGCAAUAUCUUCAUCAAUUACCUCCACCACCACCACCGCUGCUGCAACUGUUUCUGCAACAACAGCUAUGUCUCAUAAAACUCCUAAAAGCAAAACAAAGGACUCGACGGCACAGUUUCCUGAUAAAGAUGACCAAAGUAAGGAAAAUGAGUUGGCUGAGGUUGAGGAACUUGAGAAAGAACUCGACAAACAGGUUAGCCAUUGGAUGUUCUCAGUUAACCCGCAAUUCCUCAAGGAACAUGAUAGAGGCAGUGUGUAUACAGAUGCCCAGCUUGGCUUCCGCUCCUAUCUGGAGGCCUGUGUCUUCUCUGGCAACAUUGAGCUUGCAAACCGUCGGCUGCUCAAACAGCACAGAAGCCUGCAUCGACGCCGGCUGCUCAACAUAGGGGUUUACAACACCAUGAUGAGAACCUUGGCCAAGAAGGGCACAUUGGAAAAUAUUGGCCGCAUAUUUAUUCUAGUGAAGGAAGCUGGUCUAAAGCCAAAUCAAGCGUCCUAUUGUGCUGCUCUGGAGUGUAUGGGCCGCAACCCCAACUGUUCUCCUCAUGUCAUCAGCAGGUGCCUGAACCAGAUGGAGGAGGAUGGCCUGUCUAUCGACAGUCUGUUCAGCCAGUGUGUGUUCCGGCAAGAUGAGAGAGACAUGGUGCUGAAGGCGAUUCGUACCGUCCAGCCAGAUUACUUGCCCAGCUCCAGUACCGCUUCUACUGUCUGCGUAUCCCCACUGGUCCAGGACUUCUACACACAGCGGGCAAACCACUUCUUCCCCAAACUGGACUUUACCCGGGACGAGCUGCAGGAACGUUUCUAUCGUCAGUGCAGCAUGGAGCAGGCCUGUACCGUCACCAUCGACUCUGUGGAGGCUGCCAAGCCCGCCACUGAAAACAUGAUCAAGAUGAGGAAGCUGCUGGCAGAGCAGCAAUCCCAGUGGAGGAAGAUUCUCCUCCAGGCUCUGAAGGAGAGCAAGAUGAUACUGACUAACAAAGAAAGUGACAAGAAGAGACCAUCCAUUUAUCCAUAUCUCUGUUUGUUGGAGGACAGCGAGUACGUCGACAUCAUGAUUGAGAGUGUGAUCAACAUGACUCCCAGUGGAGAAACACUGAAGAUUCUGGCCAGAGAACUGGGUUCCAGGGUCUACAACAAGUACGCCAUAAGACUGAAGGAACACAAUCAAGUGGUGGAAAAGCUGGGCAACAUUUACAGUGCUUACAUAGACCUGCUAGCCAAAGAUAGCCCGGAGUGUAACAACCUUCCCAGGGUGCAAUGGUGCAAACUGGAAGGAGAGCAAAGUUCAGGCCCCACUCUACAGGGGGAUGACACCCAAUGGCCAUAUAUUACAACUGUGGAGGUGGGCGCGCACUUGGUGGACCUGAUGGUCAAGAACCUCAAAAUGAACAGUGACAUCCUCGACCCAGACCAAACUAGGAAACUCAUUCCCAUGCUGUACCACAUGUACACCUUCCGCAGCACCAGACAGGUCGGGUUCAUCAAGCCCCACCCCAUCUUAACACAGAUGCAGCAGGAGGCCGUAGAGACCAAGUUGACCUUUGAAUCUCAUGUGAUGCCCAUGCUGUGCCCUCCUUUGCCUUGGACCUCCGCCAAGUUUGGAGGGUACCUGCUGACACCCACGAAGCUGAUGCGUGCAUUGGAUGGGGCCAUACAGCACGAACUGUUACUGGAGAGGUGCCAGAACCUUCACCCAGUCCAAGAUUCCCUCAACCAGCUAGGCAAUUGUGCCUGGAGGGUCAACAAAACUAUCUUGGAUAUGAUGAUCUCCAUCUUCAACGAUCGUGGAAGUGAGAAACUGGACAUCCCUCCACCUCUGACAGAGGCCCCCAAAAUCCCCCACUUCAACCUCAAUGAUUCUUCACACACCUCCACUGAAAAGAACACCAUAAAGAGGGAGAUAAUCAAGGCCAAAAAGAAGUUCAAUGAAAUGCAUAGCCUGCGUAUGGACGCUUUGUAUAAACUCUCAAUUGCCAACCACGUUAGAGAUGAGGUCUUCUGGUUCCCUCACAACAUGGAUUUCCGGGGACGUACCUACCCCUGCCCACCAUACUUUAACCAUCUGGGGAGUGACGUUACACGUGCCAUUCUUGUGUUUGCAGAGGGAAAGCCCCUUGGGCCUAAAGGUUUGGACUGGCUAAAGAUCCACUUGGUCAACCUGACAGGGUUUAAGAAAAGGAAGUCGCUGCUGGGCCGGCUGGAGUAUGCCAAUUCCGUCAUGGAGGACAUACUUGACUCUGCUGACAACCCUCUCAAUGGUAAGAAGUGGUGGAUGAAUGCAGAUGAGCCGUGGCAGGCUCUGGCCUGCUGUAUGGAGAUAGCCAACGCAGUGAGAUCUGCCGACCCAGCAAAAUUCAUCUCACACUUCCCUGUCCACCAGGACGGCUCCUGUAAUGGUCUCCAGCAUUAUGCAGCAUUGGGCAGAGAUCUCGUUGGUGCCACGUCUGUCAACCUCGUUCCUUGUGACGUUCCUCAAGACGUGUAUAGUGGUGUAGCACAACAGGUGGAAGAGUUCCGAGCACGGGAUGCGGAGAAGGGUGUGAAGAUUGCCCAAGCCCUGAAGGGCGUCAUCAACAGGAAGGUGGUGAAGCAGACAGUAAUGACGGUAGUAUACGGGGUGACACGCUACGGGGGACGUCUCCAGAUAGAGAAGAGACUAAAGGAAAUUGAUGAGUUCCCCAAGGAGUUUGUGUGGGAUGCGUCCUAUUACCUGGUGCGUCAGGUGUUCAAUAGCCUAAAGGAGAUGUUUAAAGGGACCAGAGAGAUCCAGGACUGGCUGACAGACAGUGCCAGGCUGAUAUCCAAGUCUGGCUACACCGUGGAGUGGGUGACACCCGUGGGUAUGCCCAUUAUCCAGCCCUACCACCGCACACGCACCCAAGCGCUGAAGAGUAACAUCCAAAUGCUCAACAUUGAGAUCAGCCAUGAUUUGAAAGAGAGACCGGACACCGUCAAACAAAAGAACGCCUUCCCACCCAACUUCAUUCACUCUCUGGACUCUACACACAUGAUGCUCACCUCUCUCCAUUGCCACAGUGCUGGUGUGACUUUUGCCUCCGUCCAUGACUGUUUCUGGACCCACGCCCUCACAGUGGACGUCAUGAACAAGAUUUGUCGGGAACAGUUUGUCGCCCUGCAUAGCCAGCCCAUUCUUCAAGAACUGUCUAUCUUCCUGCUGUUUAAAUACUGCAUUGGGAUGCCGGAAGAACUAAAGAAGAAGAAGCAUCUGGAGUACAGGAGGCUGAUGUUGCUGUUGGCCAAAGUGCCCCAGAAAGGUGAUUUUGAUCUCCAGCAAGUGAAGGACUCCACUUAUUUCUUCAGCUGAGAGGAUCCCGGGGCGAGCCAGCAGAAGUUAGACGAAUGAAAUUGACAGAGCGCAUUUUAGACGCUGCAGGAUCUCGGCUGUCAAGCGGUCUGGUCUCCUUUAGACAUCAGCACAUUGAUCCGACGCCCCCACCUGACUGCUGGGCUGCAGGCUUGCCUUGAACUGCUGGAGCUAUUAAUGCGCAACAACCCCACCUCGCCUGUUGAAGGGAGGCUUGGGUACUGGUAUGAGUAUUUCCAGAUGGGUUAACAAAUCCUCCAGCUAUAUAAAGUACUUGUGGUUUAUUUUUCAAGUGUUCAUAAAUCAGUAUGUUACUGUUGUAUGGGUGUAUUGGUGUUUUUAUGGUUAAGUGCGACAGAGGCAUAAAUAAGAGAUUUGUGCAGAUUUUUUUAUUAUUAUUUUGUAAGCCAUACGAGCAAUGUGAUUUGUUGGUCAGUCUUCAGCAACACCUCCACUGUUCAGGAAAUGACAGGCAAAAGCCUAGUUUUCUAUUAACACAGUGUAAUUUCUUGGUGAUUGGCACAUGUGGGUGUGUGCGUGCAUGAGUGUGGUGCACACUGAGAAGACCCCCCCACUUUCUGCUGGACUCCGAGCCACCUGAGCCAAUACCCCAGCAACCAUCAAUCCCACAGCUGUGUGAGAGGACACACACUCAUGACAGGAUUCAUACCUGAAGCGUUACAAACCGACAUUUAAGAGAAUGUGUAAGAUAUGCGGUUCAUGAUCACAAGUAAGGAAGGAAAGGGAAUCUCGGAAGAAGGGACCAUGCGAAAAUGUAGGCAUGAGUCAAGGAAGUGGCGAUGUGUGAUUCUCACUUACUUUUGGAGUGACUAAUCAUGUAAUGUUCUAAAACAAAUGUCUUUCCUAAAAUGUCCCCUGCUUCAUGAUGAGUUUAACAGAGAUGGAAGGUGCCCCGGGUGGGUUAAAAUAGAAUGAAUGGCCCUGUCUGUUAUUUGAAUAUACAUGCUUAUUUCAGUUAUUAUAUUUGCAUAUGUCAAUUCCAUUGUGCAUCAUGAGAUGGAGAUGAAGUCCUCCUUUUAUGAUGCACCACAAAGGGUUUGAAGGCUUCACUUAUCAAUUCAGAUCUUUUCUCUUUUUUGGGGGGGGGGCAGCGCCUUUAUCUGGCAGGGGAAAUGGUAGAACUGGUACCUGAUUAUUGCUAGAGACAUUAUAAUAGUGUCAGGUACUGUUAGAAGGCAAAUGUAUGCUUAGCCAGACAAAGCUGGCAGCGAGUGAGGGUGUUGCCGUAAAAGAUAUAUAUAUUAUAUUAUAUAUAUAUGGGUCACAGAAAUGCACUGCUGAUUAAAAUGAAGCUGUCUGAACCGGCUGUUGAAUAAAACUUCAGUACA